UUCAUCACGCCCAGCUGGCGGUGAUUUUGCCAGCCCCUAGUGAGUGAGCGCCGAGGCGUGUAGCACGUCACGGCCACCACCAAUCACACGAGACCAGCUCCACGCUGCUCCCGAAGCUCAUAGCCAGAGCAUAUUCAGAGCAGGCGUCCAAGUGUAGGCGAUUACCGAAGCGACAUCCAAAGCAAGCAUCAACUGGCCCGCUCAGGUCCGCUCAAAACCAACAUCGAGUCAGGCACGCAACUUGAACGGCCGUGAUGUACUGAUGAGAGGUGGGCAAGUGACGUGUUGCUACCUAAUUUCGGCAGAGCAGUCCGAGUCCCGCCUCCUUCCACUCUUCACUCUCCUUCCUCCCUCGCUCCACACUCCUCUGGUGUGGCUGCUCUACGCUCACCCUCAUGCUGGCCACCUCAUGCGCCGAGGUGACGCUCUUUCGGGCACUGGAAGGAUUAGCCACGCAUCGCACGCUAGUCUGCCCAACGCCCGCCUCGCGAGGAGCGAAGCAGAAUCGACGGAUGAGGACGAGGAUGAGGACGCUGCCGCAACGAAGACUCUGAGGCCUCCUGAGGCUGGCACGGCGCCCCUCGCCGUCAUCACGAUCACCGGGACGUUUUGGUCCUUUCAGGAUUACCUCGCACAGAACAGGUUGCCUACUCGCUCGACGGAAACAUCGGCACACAUUCCCAGGCUGAUCGACCAUAUUGCAAAAGGCAGAGGAGGUAUGCGACAAAGAUUGUCGAGAAGCUCUGGGUGAACGACGAGCAGCUACCGAAGGUCACGGCUGCCAUCUGGCGGCCCAACCGGAUAUUCGCAAAGAACCUCUCAUCAACUCCUACCCUGCU